AUCAUCAAUUGGAAAAACAGAUUAUACUUCAACUUUCACAACGACAUUGAGUUCGAAUGAUGUAACAUCAGAAUCGUUUGCAACAGAGUUCCCUAGUAUAGAAGAAAUUGAAGCAUCUGUGGAAAGCGGAUCUAAAAUAGGAUUUAAUAAUGACUUUUCUAGUAUUCCUACUAACACAGAAAAUAAGGAUGAUACCACUUUAAAUUUGGAAGUUUCGUAUGAUAACCCUAUCUCGAGUGAGCCAGAAUCCAUUUUACCAGGAAAUUCAUCAACUGACAAGGAAAUACCUGUGGAAACCAAAGAUAAAAUAAACGCAUAUGAUAAAGAGGCGGAGUCGUCUUUUGCACCACCUAUCGCAGGAGAGAUGUCGGAAUCUUUGGGGGGAAGAAUGACGUCUCUGAAAGAUACCGAAUCAUGGAUUUCUGUAGAGAAGUCGUCUGAAACAAAAUCUGCAACACAAAUAGAUGAUUUUGAUACAGUAUUUGCAGAUUUAACAGAUGCCAAAGUAACAAAAACGCCACCUAUUAACUUUGAUGCAGAUUUUGAUGACACAGACUUUAAAGAAGAAUUUAAUCCCACAUUUGAUGCACCUGUUACGCAUUCUAAAGCUACGUCCAAUACAAAUAGUAUCGGAAGUAACGUGGGUGUAACAUCAUCAAUUAAUUCAACAAAAAAUAGUUCAACAGAUUUUGAUAAAUUUGGUAAAGCUUUUGGAGGCUUUGACCCCUUUUCAUCAAGCACAACUUCCAAAGCUACUAAACCCAAUCUGGUAGAAGCAGCAUUUGGUGGAAUUUCGGGAGAGCCACAAAAAUCAACGAAUCCAUCUAUCGGUUUUGAUGAUGCAUUCGAGGAAUUAUUUAAACCAUCUUCUACACCAUCUACCAAAACAGAACCACCAUUGGAUCCGAAGUCCAUAACAACUAAUGAAUUAAAAACAUUAAUUUCAUCAGAAUCGUCACAGCCAAAG